UGCUUUCCUUUUGUAGCUGCAUAUCUUUUAGUUACUUCAAAUGAAAUAGGCGUGUAAUUAGACAUCAGGCAAAAAUCUGAAAAAGUGCAAAAAGUUCAACUACAAAGAACGAAUCCUUACAUGUGGUCAAAGGGAUCAACUCGGCCCUCAUUGUAUACAAACACAGUAUUUAUUAACAAUCACAUAUUUACAUGGAUUAAAUAUGCUUCGUAAUGUAAAUAAAGACCGCAGAUGAGAAGUAAUUAAAUUCAUGCAAUGAAUAAAUUAAGAGAGGCUGAAAUUAGCGCAUCGUUUCACAGAAAUAUACUUUUACUCACGCGGAUGGUACCACCGUCCUCUGAGUUUCAACGACACUUUAAAAAGGGUAUGUUUAAUAAACCUAAUACGACAGGUUUUCUACAUGUGUCGCAUUAUCUGUCAACUGUGUAUGACGCCAGACUUUUUAAACAAAUGGUCAGAUGGCCGAUUUUAUGCAAAAGAGACGAAACAACGUAUCGCGUCGAGAUGAAGAACUUCUUGAACGUUCUGUCACGAGACAACCCUGACCUCGGUUUUCCAUCGGUACUGAUGUCCCAUUUGAUCCAAUCAGGAGGGACGAAAUUUCAGAUUAUUAUGUGGAAGCUAUCACAACUCGCUCUUAAGACUUACCUCACGAGGGAACUUCAAGGCGAAUUGUUGAAUGCACCACGCUCGAGUCCGGCGCAGGAUUUAACAAUAGCAUACUUCAAUAAUAUAAUUGCGCAAAAAUGCGAUGCUAUAACAGAGACUUGUAAAGAGACGAAGAAAACUGCGGACGCUGUAAAUGAUUUUCUAAAUGACGAGAUCAAAAUAUUAAACUUGCAAAAAUCGGAGAUUUUCGAUAGAAAAGAGAAUAUAAAAAGAUUAGUCCUUGGUUUGCUGGCUCACCCAUUAAUUCAAAGGCGAUUGAUGGACAUCGAUGAUUUAAACGUCACAGACUUAUGGAAAAGAAGCAUUUUCAAAAAGAUUCAAUAUAUAUACAAAAAGAAUAAGGAAUUUGACGAACUAGAAGAAUCUUGCAAUCUUUUGUGCAAACUUAUUUUGAGAAUAAGUUCGAAUCCUGGAACACUCGAUGCAGAUAAACUUCCCGAAAUUCGCUGUACCAAUCAUCUGUUAUGUACAGAAUCAGAGAUACAGUAUUUGAUUCGUAAUUCACACGUGGAUGGCUCCAUCGUGUUCUCCGCUUUGUUGUCGCUGUUAUACUUGGCAUCCACGCAAAUACUAUAUCGCAUAAACAUCGCCGAUUUCCCAGACCUGUCGCGGUGCACAUCGUCCGUUCAAAAUGCCUGCAAAAAGAUGAAAUCUCUACAAACAUUGUUCGGUGCAUUGAUCGCGAGAAUUGAUGGUGUAUGCAGGGAUGAGCAAUGUGCCUUUUGGGAGAUGAAAAAUGCCUGCAAUUUCAACAAGAACAGCAUAUUAAUUGCAAAUCGUAACAUCCUAUUGCAAUCUCCAAAGAUCAAUUUCAAUCUCGGCCAAUGUAUGGACGAUUAUCGUUUUUAUGAGAAAUUGUAUCUGUCUCCAAUGGAAGGCAGACACAAACAUUUAUUUAAAAGGUACAAGCGUGAAUGUUACCGGUUGCGUGAGUUGCCCACAGUUUUAUCAGACUUCAGCAAAUCCUGGAGUAAUAUGAACGGUUGGCUGUCUCCUCGUAUACACGUUAAGUGUGAACAAACUUUGUUCAAGGGAAAGCCACUCUCGCCUUUGUAUUCUCGAUUGCUGAAUCAUUCCAAAUGGAAUUUAAAUCGAUCCAGAGGAGACGUAUCGUGCAGCCCGAGCGCGAAUUACGAGGGAUUAAACUUAACACCAAUGAAACAUUCUUCAAAAGCCGGACAUCUGACAAUGAACGGCUAUACUGGAAGACCGAGAGAUCUUUUCAGUUCUGCGAUACCACCAGCCUUAUCACACGUAUCCUCUAAUACGGAGAACGUACGAAACGCACGAUUGGUUCGACAAAAGUAGAAUUUAUUAUACCAGUACCGAGUACUUUGUCAAGUAUCUGAAGAAGAGAAAAUAAUGUAAUUUGGAGAAGUUUAGACAAUAUCAAUUCCUUAAUGUAAAUUCCUUAUUUUUACUAGUGUUGAUUCAUACAUUUUAGUGUAAAAAGCAUAUGUAAUAUAUUGCCCAAUAGUGAAUGCACAAGA